AUGGAGCGAGAUUCGAAUCACCACCGAAAAUGCUCCAACGAAGAGAUCCAAACCAAUACUCAUGAUCUGCUUCAGCAACAGCAACAGAUUUUGAAGGGCGAUAUUGUGAACGUUUAUCUGAGAAAUGGCUUCAUUUACUUGGUAUUUGCUGCCCUUCUUGUCUACUCGGUUAUCAUCUUAAUAGCCUGUCGAUUCGUUAUCUGUAAAGACUGA